AUGGCGUCCUCAUCCAACACUGACGAGACGAGCUACGUCAAAAUGGACGACACCAAAGACGGCUUCGAUGCGCAACUGGUCGGCAAGCACUGCGAGUACGACUACUGCAACCAACUUGACUUCCUCCCUUUCUUCUGCCAAAGCUGUAAAAAGACAUUCUGCCUUGACCACCGGUCUGAGACCUCCCACAAGUGCGCCAACGCCGGGGCCUGGGCCGAACGGCGUCGGCAAGCCGAGCUCGCGAAGCCCGCCUACGGCCAGGGCCGCCAGCUGCGCGACCACGUCUCGCAGAAGCCCUGCGCCUCGCCUCCCUGCAAGACCACCAUUGGCACUUCGCUGGUGCCUGGCGUGCACUGCCCAAGCUGCAACCGCGACUACUGCCUCAAGCAUCGACUGAAGGAAGACCACGACUGCAAGAACCUCAUACCGCUCGGUGCCCGCCCUGGGUCCCAGAUCGACGUCGCGGCGCGAACUAGGAGCGCCUUCGACAAGCUGAAGGCCUGGGGAUCCGCCAAGAAAGAGCAGGCUGGCAGAGCGCUACCGAAACCGAAACCCACAUCUGCGUCUGCGCGACUGAUCGCGGUCAACAACCUGAAAAAGACGGCCAAGGGUGACGACAAGCUGCCUCAAGAGAAGAGGGUGUACCUUUAUGUCGAGGCUGAGGCCGAGACCGCAAAGGCCAAGUUCCCCAAGGGCGAGUUCUUCUUCUCCAAGGACUGGGUGGUCGGAAGAGUACUGGACGAGGCAGCGAAGCGGCUACAAGUGGAGAACCUCAACAACCGAUCGUCAGACGAGCGGGACAAGCUGCGGGUGUUCCACGUGGAGGGAGGAAGAUUACUGGAGUUCAACGAAAAGGUUGGCCAAGCGCUGGUCAGCGGCAACACAGUUGUUCUACUUCGCGGUGUUGGGCCCCCGCCCAACCUGAUCGAGGUUUGA